CUCCGCUCCCCCUCCCCGGUGGUGAACAGCAGAUUUACUGUGGGUGUCACAGUCACCAGGACUUUAGCACCGAGCUGUCGCCAUGAGGUUGGUGUUUGCCGGAGAGUCUUAAAUGGACACAAUGGAGGAAAAUGCCAACGUACAGGAGACGAGCAAUAACAGCACCCCGAGCCUGGCACAGAGCAACAAAUUUGACAUAAAGCGCCAUGCCAUCACCGAUGACUACAAAGUGUCCAAGCAGGUGCUCGGCCUGGGCAUCAAUGGCAAAGUGCUGGAGUGUUACCGGAGAAACACCGGGCAGAAGUGCGCACUGAAGAUUCUCUAUGACAGCCCCAAGUCCCGGCGAGAGGUGGAAUACCACACCAGAGCAUCUGGAGGACCGCACAUUGUGUCAGUGCUGGAUGUCUAUGAAAACAUCCACAGAGGGAAGCGAUGUCUGCUGAUUGUCAUGGAGUGCAUGGAGGGAGGAGAGCUCUUCACCCGGAUCCAGAAGAGAGGGGACCAGGCCUUCACUGAGCGAGAGGCAUCUGAAAUCAUGCGUGACAUCGGAAUGGCCAUUCAGCAUCUCCAUGCACUCAACAUUGCUCACAGAGAUGUCAAGCCUGAGAAUCUCCUCUACACGUCCAAGGACAGCAAUGCGGAGCUGAAGAUAACUGAUUUCGGCUUUUCUAAGGAGACGACAAUUCAUAACGCACUGCAGACUCCGUGCUACACUCCCUACUAUGUGGCUCCUGAGGUGCUGGGUCCAGAAAAGUAUGACAAAUCAUGUGACAUGUGGUCUCUGGGGGUCAUCAUGUACAUCCUGCUCUGUGGUUACCCUCCUUUCUAUUCCAACACUGGCCAAGCCAUCUCUCCUGGGAUGAAGAAGAGAAUCCGUAUGGGGCAGUAUGAAUUUCCAGCACCGGAGUGGAAUGAUGUAUCAGAAGAAGCCAAACAGAUGAUCCAGCAUCUUCUGAGGACAGAGCCAACAGAGCGGAUGACAAUCACCUAUUUCAUGAACCACCCCUGGAUAAAUCAGUCUAUGGUAGUCCCACAGACCCCACUGCACACGGCUCGUGUCCUGCAGGAGGACAAAGAACAUUGGGACGAAGUUAAGGAGGAAAUGACUAGUGCUCUGGCCACCAUGAGAGUCGACUAUGACCAAGUGAAGAUAAAGGAUCUCAACUCAUCCACCAACAGAUUAUUAAACAAACGCCGCAAGAAACAAGUUGAUGGAACUGUGCCCCCUCCUGGCUGCAACAACCAAUAGGACUGUAAAGGAACUGCUGCAGACAUUGGGGUCAUGACUAUGCUGUCAAAGGGUCGGAGUCUGUGUGUGACUGUACAAUAUUUUUAUGGUCUUUUAAUUUACUGUAGAAUGUUUGGAAGGCCCCACUUCGGGGUCCCGCACCCAGUGUGUACAUACAUAUACAUAUUUAUGGAAACUGGCUGUUGAGAAAUCACUUUUGUCUCAGGGUGUUGUAAUGAUGAAUAUUUUACAUGAAAUCCUUUUAUCCAUGUGA